AAAAUCGCGCCAUAUGAUAAUAGAGGAAAUAUCUGGUAAUAAAAAGAAAUAGAACAUACCUUGGAUUGAGAAAUAUAGACCAUCUACUUUGGAUGAAGUAAUAUCUCAUGAAGAAAUAGUAUCAACAAGUAAGAGUUAUCUUAAUUUUAGUAAAAAAGUUUAAUGAAAAAAAUCGAUUACCAAAUUUAUUACUUUAUGGACCUCCAGGAACAGGAAAGACUUCAACAAUAAUUGCCUUAGCAAAAUAGAUCUAUUAAAAUAAAUAUAAUUAGAUGGUUUUAGAAGUAUUAAGAAAAUAGUUAAUUUUAAUAGCUUAAUGCAUCAGAUGAAAGAGGCAUUAAUACAGUGAGAGAAACUAUAAAAGGAUUUGCAGAGUCACAAUCAUUUACAUUCACAAAAGAUAAAAACACAUCUAUAAAAUUAGUAAUAUUAGAUGAAGCUGAUGCAAUGACAGCAGCAGCAUAAUUUGCAUUACGUCGAAGUAAAUUUAAAUAUAUAUAAAUAAAUUUAAGUUAUUGAAAAAUAUGCAAAGACUACUAGAUUUUGUUUUAUUUGCAAUCAUAUUUCUUAGAUCAUACCAGCAAUCUAGAGUAGGUGUACAAGAUUUAAAUUUAAAUAAAUUGGUUUGAAUGUAGCUAGUUUAAGAAUCAAAUAAAUUUGUGAUUAAGAGAAUAUUAAUUUGGAUGAUAAUGCUAUAAGAUCAGUUUUUGAAUUAUGUUGUGGUGAUAUGAGAAGAGUAGUCAAUAUGUUAUAAUCUUUGUCUUUGUCGAUUUAAAAUUCGAAUACAGAGAUGAUAAAUUCUUCAUAUGUAUAUUAAUUCACAGGUAUGGCACAUCCUGAUCUGAUUAAAUAGAUUUUAGAAUAUUUAAUGAACUAAAGUGAAAUUUCAAAGACUUACUCUAAAAUAAAAACAAUUUUGAAUGAAUAAGGAAUAUCAUUAUAAUUAUUGCUUACUGAAUUGAGUGUAUAAUUAUAGGGAUUGAAUGUGUUUAAUGAUAAAUAGAAAUGUGAUAUAAUAGAGAGAAUGGCAGAACUAGAGUAUCGUCUUUCAAUUUGUUGCAAUGAUUCAAUUUAGUUACUUUCUUUGAUAGGUAUUUUCAAUGAAGUUCUUUUAUGA